AUGUAUUCCUUGCUACUCUUCCUCUCAAUCCUCACUCCAUCAGCCGCCACAUUUGGUGGUUGUUGUGGGAUGUCCCUACCUCCACCCUGUCCACCCCCUCCCCCACCCCAAAUGUGUCUACCCCAACCACCCCCAUGUCCACCACCUCCAAUGUGUCCACCGCAAUUUUGCCCUCCUCCGCCGAUGUGCCCACCUCCACCUCCACCCCCUCCACCCCCAAUGUGCCCUCCACCCCUUCCACCACCUCCAUCUCCAUGUAUGAGCUAUGCUCCACAACCAGUCUUUCAACAGUACACCCAACCACCAGCGAAUGAUUGUUGUUGUCGUUGUGGAUCGCCUUGUGCUUUCAGGGCUCGUCGCGCUAAAACCCUUGGUUCAAAGCUAUUCGAUUUGUCGCACGAUGAAGAGGAUCUUGAUCCAACAUGCUCGAGCAAGAAGCUUCGACAAGUGUUGAUCGAUAACAUGACUACCGAUCCAUCAUCCACAAAGCGAGCAGUACAGAAAGCGGCUGAAGAGAAGUUGUUCGGGAAAUUCAAUGUAAUCUGUGCUGCCGGGGAUUUCAGCUAUGUUGCUUACACUGAUACAUAUUGUCAACAUUCAAAUGGUGAUGUCACAUGUUAUGUGUUUAGACCAAUG